GUUUUGGUCCCCAAAAAGUCAUUUGAUUUGUGUUUUCAUUUCAUAACUCAUUAAAUCAUUGUUUAAUAAAAUAUGGGAAAAGUGGCCAAAAAGAGGCGCUCAUUGGCUGCCGAAGCGAAGAACCGCAACAACGAGUCCAAUGAGACAAAUGUCGUGGUUUUGGAUGCCGUCAGAUAUUCAGACGAACCGCCGCUUAAGAGAAAUAAGUGGAUUAACAAACAGCGAGUGCUUGUGUUGGCCACACGUGGUAUCACUUAUAGGGACAGACAUCUGAUGAAUAAUAUCAAGCAAUUGCUUCCGCACUCCAAGUCUGAGCCGAAGAUGGAGUCCAAGGACUCGACUCUUGUGGUGAACGAAAUCUGCGAAAUCAAGAAUUGCAAUAAAUGUCUCUUCUUUGAGAACCGGAAGCGCAAAGACCUCUAUAUGUGGGCAUCAAAUGUGCCGAACGGACCGUCGGCUAAGUUCUUGGUUGAGAAC